UACUAUGAAAGCCGUUUGAGAAUUUUAAGUUUUAAUCAAAUAGAAGGACGUAAAUACUAUUAUCUGGUUGAAAGUAAAAAACAUUGUCAAUUAUGUGGAAAGUCUCCAUCGGAAAGAAUUAUACGGCGAACUAUAUUAUGCUCAGAUUGUUAUCUAAUUUCUUUUGAAUGUGUAAAAUCAACCUUGGUUAAAAAACAAAUUUUAAUUCUUUACUUACCAUGGUGGCAUAAUACUCCUAGUUGCAACAUGUGUAGUUCAGAGUUAACAUUUACAUCACAUUGCCAAAAAUAUUGUACAAAUUGUCUUAUAUUUUAUACUGGAUGCAGACAUUGCUUAACAACAAACAUUAUUUUUGGACUUACAGGCCAAACUCAUUGUAAAAAAUGUAAAAGAAUAUCACUUAUUAUAGACAACGUCGUAGAUAGAGAUCCUGAUGAUUUCCUUUUUAAUGAUAAUAUGCAUGAAAACUUAUGUUUAGACUUUGUAAAAACCAUUGAUAAAUAUUUUGAACCAUCAACUCUAUUAAAUUAUAUUUUUAAAGAAAAAGGAAAAGAUAGAGUAAAACCAGUUAAGUGGAUACCAUAUUCUCAAUUUAAAGAUGUAAAAGAAAUGACGAAAGGAGGAUAUGGUAUUAUAUAUAAAGCAACUUGGUUAAUUUAUAAUGAAACUGUCAUUUUAAAAAGAUUUGAAAAUUCUAAAAAUAAUAAUAAAUAUUUCUUAAAUGAGGUGAAUAUUUUAAAAACUUGCAUCCUGAAUUAGAAGAUUAUAUAUUAGUUAUGAAAUAUGCGUCGAAAGGAGAUUUACAUAAGUAUUUACAAAAGAAUUUUACAAAUCUUACGUGGAAUAAUAAUAAUAAUACAGUAUUACUUAUUUUACAAGAUAUUUCAAUGGGGUACUUAUAUUUUUUAAUGUAUUCAU